AUGGAGUCCUCCAGUCAGAGCCCUCCUCUACUCUCGGACAAAAAUGCAGCAAUCAACAUCGUUGGAGCCGGCGUGUUCGGACUCAGCACGGCCAUCCACCUCGCUCAACGAGGCUACAAGAACAUCACCAUGUUCGAUAAGCAACCGUACGACGUAUCGCGAUACUCGUACUUCAAAGGAUGCGACGCGGCCUCCGCCGACAUGAACAAGAUCUUCCGGUCCGCGUAUGGCGCGCAGACCGAGUACCAGAAUCUGUCGAUCGAAGCCAGCUCGUUGUGGCGGCAAUGGAACGAAGAGAUCGCCUCCGGCAACGUGCCCGAGGGGAUGAACAGUGAGAGAGACAAAGUCUUCUUGAACCACGGCAACCUCAGCCUGACCGAUCAAUCGACCCUCCCCGCGUGGGAAGAGGCAACAAUGCAGAACAUGAACGCCGCCGGCCUCACCAAUUCGCAACUGAACACGUACGAUCCCGCACACGUGCAGCUCGCCCAGGAGAAAGGGUUCGGAUACGGGAUCGACCCCUUCCACCGCCGGCAACGCGGCCAGUCGUACCUGGGCGUGCUCGACACCACGGGCGGAACGCUUCUCGCCGACAAAGCGUGCUAUUUCGCGCUCCACAAAGCCAAAACGCUAGGCGUGCGAACCAUCUUUGGACCCCAGUCAGGAACAUUGGAGUCGUUCAUUUACUCUUCCUCCUCCUCUUCCUCUCAUGACACCAAAACAGUGACAGGGAUCCGCACACUCGACGGGAAAUCCCACUAUAGCUCCUUCACCAUCAUGGCUUGCGGCGGCUGGACGCCCGCGCUGCUCCCAGAACUCGACUCGGUAUGCGAGGCCACGGCCGGGUCUGUCGUGAUCAUGAAACUCCCCGACCAUCUCGCGCGGCGGUAUUCGCCGCACACCUUCCCGUCGUGGACAUACAACAUCCGCGACGGCGCCGAGGGCGGCCUGUACGGCUUCGCCGCCACGGACGACGGAUACAUGAAGAUCGGAUACCGCGGCACCAAAUACACCAACCCGAAACUCCAGCACGAUGGCCGCGAGCGAAGCGUCCCCGUCACGAGGUAUACCGACCCCGAACGGAUCACCGAUGAAGUCCCCGCGCAAGCCAUCAAGGUGGUCAAAAGGUUCAUUGCCGACUUCCUGCCUGAUCUGCCCGCCAAUGGCGUCGGUAUCGAUCUCACCCGCUUGUGCUGGUAUACGGAUUCCUGGGAUAAUCAUUUCGUCAUCGACCAUGUCCCGGGCCGGAGGGGCGUUUUUGUUGCCACGGCCGGAAGUGGCCAUGCAUUUAAAUUUCUACCGAAUAUUGGUGCUUGGGUCGUGGAUGUCUUGGAGGGCAAGGGUUUGGAGAGGCAGUUGGUCAAGAGCUGGAAAUGGAGGACGAGGCCCGAGACGAAGGAGAAUGUCGUCAAUGAGCUGAUGCAGGGCAGUGAGGGGCCCAGAGCGCUAAAAAAGACGAAGAUGUCCGUGGCUAGGAAGGUGACGUUGUCGCCGAGGGCGAAUUUGUGA